AUGCUGCAUACACCCCCACGACCCCGGUCGCGUCACCGACCAGUCGGCACCCCCCAACGCUUGGCGUGCCUCAAUGUGGCCGAACAUUUCGCGGAAUCCUCUGCCAAUUCCACAGCCAUGCCAGAGGCACCACAGAAUGCUCAGCCUGAGCAGGGCGGCGGUACAGGAAAUAUGCUGCGCACCAUGGCCCAGAGCGUUGGCAUGUUUUUCCUCAUCCAGUAUGGCAUGAAGAACUUCUUCCCCCAGGCCCAGCAGCAGACUGCCGAUGUUGCAAAGGGUCCCGCCUCCGUCCCCAACUCCAGAGUCUCCAUCCCCAUGUUCGACAACCGCCCGCGUCAAUUGGACGAAGGCGCUGUGUGGAAUCCCGUACCAUCGAGUAUUGCGCCCAUGUGGCCCCUAGGCACCGAGCUUGACAUAUCACUGUACAUCUCGCCAUCCUUGGCUAUGCCCGCCCUCAAAAGCAUGCCUAAAGACGCGCUUGUGAUAGAUGAGAAGAAUUUCAAGUUUGGUGAUUACUCUGAGAACCGACAUAUCAGCACAGAGUUUGCAGUUCCCAAGGAGGUUCAGAAUAAUGCCACGUUGUUUGGCCACUUCUACGUUGCCCAGAGUGGUGCUGUUGUGGAUCCCACAUCUCCCAAAUAUGACCCCACCAAAGCGUACCACUUCAUCAGGCGAUUGAGUGAAUUUCAUCCCAAGAAGAAAAUCUCCAAGACGCGAAAUCUGCUUUCUGAUCUCCCGGACACGGUAGAGAGUGAAGAAGAAAAGAACCAGCCUAAAGUGAUCGCUUCGUACUACCACUCCAACUUUUCCCUGUCCAUGAUCCCUGAUACCGGCGUGGUCAACUAUCCGUCUCUACAUGUCGGAGUGAGAGAGUUCUUUCAGCUGGAUCAGACUGGUUCCAGGGAUGCUACUGGCCAACACGGCUGGUACUACCCCGUGCUGUUCGCCAAUACCUUUUGGCAGCUCAAGAAGAACAUGAUCGAGCUUAACGAUACCGUCAAGACGCUGCCCCUUCAUGUGGAUCUCAACACGCUCGCCAACUGGAAGUUCAACCUUUACGCGUCCAUGGAAGCCAACAUUCGGUCCAACGCCGCCGCCGCUGCGCAGGGACAGAAGAAUGUCGCGGGUAGCGAUGGCUCCGAGAUGGAAAUGUUCAAGGAGAUUCUGAUCGAUAGCAACUCGUAUCUCCUCGCUGUGACUGCUGUUGUGUCCGUUUUCCACAUGAUAUUCGAAAUGCUUGCUUUCAAGAACGAUGUGCAGCAUUGGCGCAAGAAGAAGGAUAACAUCGGUACCUCUGUCCGCUCUAUCCUCGCCAACGUUUUCAUGCAAACCGUCAUCUUCCUCUACCUCCUUGACAACAACGAGAACACAUCGUGGAUGAUCAUGUUUGGUCAGGCUAUGGGCAUUGCGAUUGAAGCGUGGAAAAUCACCAAAGCGGUCAACGUCCGUAUUAGACCCACCCAACCGGGUUCCUAUCUUCCGUACAGCAUCGUCUUUGAAGACAAGCAUGUUCUCAACGAGACCGAAAAGAAGACACAGGAAUACGAUGCCAUCGCCUUCAAGUACAUGUACUACAUUGCCGUUCCACUUCUCGGCGCUUAUGCCGUGUACUCGCUCAUGUACGACACGCACAAGUCGUGGUACUCUUUUAUCAUCACGACGCUCGUCGGUUCCGUUUACGCCUAUGGCUUUCUCAUGAUGGUUCCCUCCCUCUACAUCAACUACCGCUUGAAAUCCGUUGCGCACAUGCCCGGCCGCGCCAUGACAUAUAAGUUUCUCAACACCUUCAUCGACGACUUAUUCGCAUUCACCAUCAAGAUGCCUACUCUCCAUCGUCUGGCCACACUCCGUGACGACGUUAUUUUCUUCGUCUACAUCUAUCAGACCUGGGUAUACAAGGUCGACCACACCCGUAUCAACGAGUUUGGACAGGGUGGCGAUGAGGAGGAGGAAGAGGAGAAGAAGGCGGCAAAACCUUUGACUGCUUCUCCGGAGGAUGACAAGGCGAAGCUGGCCGAGAAGGUGAGCGAGAAGGAUGGGCCGUCCGUUGCAAAGGCUUCGGGAAGCCAGAAGAAGGGUGAGGGUAGGAAAAGAAAGUAG